AGGCUGGUGUCCGCUGGAACAGGCAGAUAAGCAUUACUGCUGUGCACACCCCCUUAUGUAUAAACAAGAUGAGCUACUUUUUUGCCUUGGAAGUGAACAGGAUAAUCAUUAGUACAGCUCCGAGUGCUUAAUAUUGGACCAAAAGUGUUUUUAUACAGAAAAAUGGACCUAGGAGACAAAAACAUUGUUGAAAUGAUAGCAAAAGUAAUUGAAGAAGCUUCCGACACAGACAAUAACCAUGAGGUGUUGAUGGCUGGUAGACAUUACCCGUCCAUCCACGAGUUUGCCUCAGCAAUCCCCAACCACCUUCUCCUGGGGUCUCUACUGGAGCACCUGUGCUUCGUCUACGAGAGCAACCCAGUUCGCUCACGCAUGCUGUUUAAAGUGAUUGGCCAGCGUUUAGCUGCCAUGAACCUCCUCUCACCUUUGGCCAUAUGUGAUGAGUUCAGCACCGUCAGACUCCAGCACAAUCGGGCCUUCACUGAGCUGCUUCAUGCUGCCAGCUCCUCGCUGUACCCACAGGGCCAACAACGUCUUGGCACAAACACACACAAUCCUACUGUAAGACCUAAGGAGGGACUGUUUCAAGCGCAGACGUCCCGGUAUCUUAGUGAGUUUGAAGAAUUAUGUAGACUUGGAAAAGGAUCAUAUGGAAAUGUUUUUAAGGUUAUGAACAAACUGGAUGGACAGCAUUAUGCUGUGAAGAAAAUUCUCAUCAAAAAAGUCUCAAAGGAUGACUGCAUGAAGGUCCUCAGGGAAGUCAAAGUGCUGUCCAGCCUGCAGCAUGUAAAUGUUGUGGGCUAUCACACUGCGUGGAUGGAACAUGUUCAGCCUGCGGCAUAUUCUGAAUCUCUCCUGCCUGCACUGGAAUCACCUGGACAUCAAGACAGUUCUGGUGAGAACCCUGACGGCGGCAGCAGCUCCUCGAUAGUUUUCCAAAGCCUCAGUCAAGCACCAACACAUGCUGCUUCAAGUGCCAAAGUUCCCCCGAGAGAGACCCAGCCCGUCAAAGCUUUAGUUCCAACCCAAGAGAAGGACCAGGUGGUGUGUCCCAAGACGAUGCGCAGGAUUCCUGAGAACUAUGUCCCCUGUGUGUUCCUGGGACAGCAAGGUCCCAUGAAGAGCUCCAAAUGUCCUGCCACGGGUUGGGACAGUUCAGCACUGUCAGAGGAGGAGUCCAGCAGGAGUAGCAUCGAACUGAACAACAACUCCUGCAUGGACAGGGAAUGUCAGCAGUGGGCUGACAAACGCACAACAAAGCCUUCUAAAGAGGUACACUUCCACCUGAUGCUCUACAUCCAGAUGCAGUUGUGCGAGCGCUCACUGAAGGACUGGAUCUCUGACAGGAACACCAAGCCCAAAGAAGAACAGACCUCAAGAUGCCCUUAUGGAUGUGUUGAUACUGAACACACACUCAGCCUGCUGAGAAAGAUACUUGAAGGAGUGGAGUACAUUCACUCCAGGGGAAUCAUGCACAGAGACCUGAAGCCAAGGAACAUUUUCCUCCAUGGUCAUGACUGCCAUGUUCGGAUUGGGGACUUUGGUUUGGCCUGCAGGGAUAUAAUACUGGAUGGCCAUAACAGCACCACCUCUCCCAGCAGUGAUUCCUCACAUACUACAGGUGUCGGCACAUUUGUAUAUGCUGCACAAGAACAGCUGAAGGGCUCCCAUUACGAUUCAAAGUCAGACAUGUACAGCAUUGGAGUGCUGGCUCUGGAGCUAUUCCAGCCCUUUGGGACAGAGAUGGAGCGGGUCCGGACCCUCGGAGACCUGAGAGAGGGGAAAAUCCCAGACUCGUUCUGCCACAGAUGGCCAGUCCUGACUAAGUACAUCGCGAAGCUGACGAGUAAAGAGCCCGGUGUUCGGCCCACAGCCAGCCAGCUUCUACAGAGCGAACUCUUCUGCAGUAAAGACAUAGUGAUCCAUGGUUUGCAGAGAAGGGUCGAAGAGCAGGAGGAAGAGAUCAUGCAGCUGAGGAGACAGAUCAGUCAGCUUCAGAGCUCACAAGUCACAGUUCAUUUCUCUGAGUCAGACGAGACCUGAGCCUUAAAAAGCUCGACACUCCACAAACUGUGAAAACUUGAUUUAUUCAACCACUGCUGUGAUAUGUUUUAAUGACUUGGUACAAGUGUUAGAGCGCGCGCGUGUGUGUGUGUGUGUGUGUGUGUGUGUAAGCUUUUGGGUGUGUCUUGUACACCUGGAUGUAAGGGUGCAAUUAUUUAUCUUCAUUCAGCUGUUCAAUAAAACCUAUUUCUGCUA